UGCUCUUCUUCCCUUUCCCGCUGCAGCCACUCGAAAGAAAAAGAAAGAGAACCCAGCCAUGCCUUUGAGAAACCGGUGAGAUAAGCUUGGAUUUCUCCUUCUUUUCUUGCUCUACAACACAUGUAUAACCCAGAAAUUUCCCCCACCCCUCUGCAGAAUCCGGAUCUGCUCUGCUUUGCUCUGUCCUUCCGCCGGCUGCUCUUGCUUUUGUGGGGGUGAAUUGCUCUGUUUUUUGGUAAGAAAUAGCUCGAAUUCUCCCUUCUUUAGCUUUGAUUUAAGUUGGGCUCCUUUAAUUUUGGGUAGAUCAGUGAGUUUCUCCCCUGCACUUGCCGCCGGCCUCCUCCCCAAUCUGCAGCUCCGGUUUUAGCUGGAGAAUUAUGGAAAUGGGGAAAUUCCGGUAGCAAUUAAGUGAGAUUUAUAUGAUUGAAUGUUAAUGGACUGCUAUGUGAUUUUUGGAGAAAAUCCUGUGAGAUUAGCUAGUGUUUUGGCCAAUUUGUGAAAGUCGGGGUUACUGUUCAUAUCGGGUUACUGUUCACGUCGGGGUUACUGUUCAUGUCGUGGUACCGUUCGUGGGUACUGUUCAUGGACACUGUUCACACCCCGAGGGCCAACAAUUAACGGGAAUUUAAAUGAUUAGUUUGUGAUAUGAGAACGAAUUUGGAGAUGUUCGAUCAUGUGGAAAGUGAUAGAAAUAGCAUUGUGAUUAGGAAUAAUCCUAAUGAUGAUUUCAGCUUGAAUUUGUGUUAGUCCGGUAUUAAUUCUGAGGUGUUUUGAUUAGGUUCCUGAUCGUUCUGUCAGUUAACACUAAGAUUGACUGCUCGGUUUUAUGCGAGUGAGGACUAAACCCGUUUUACACAGGUAUGAUUGAUUUGAAGUGAAAUGUUUUAUGCUUUUCACUAAAUUGAGCAUGCCUACUUGAAAUUUAAGUGAUUGUCCUGAUGAUCUAAAAGUGAUUUGAAAGUGAUUGGUAAAGUAUGAUUUUUCUGUUAACUUCUGCCUGUUUUGUCUCCGAUGUGGUCAUGUUAUUAGUGACCCUGCUAGUGGUGGAGUUUAUAAACGCUAGCACAUGUCGGCACAUGUCGAUAUGUUUCUGUAAUCCUGCUAGUGGGAGUUAAACGCUAGCACAUGUUGGCACAUGUCGAUAUGUUAUUCGUGACCCUGCUUGUGGGGAUUAUACACCAGCAAACAGUGACCCUGCUUGUGGGGAUUAUACACCAGCAAACAGUGACCCUGCUUGUGGGGAUUAUACACCAGCAAACAGUGCGCCUGCCAGUGGGUGUUAGACGCUGGCCGUAACCUAUAGAGGAGACGUCUAUUUCGUUCCCGUACUGUAUCCGUUUUGCGUGAUUGCACAUGUUGGCAUGCUUUAAGUUUAAUAAGGGCAAUCCAUAUUUACUUACUGAGUUUAUCUCAUAGUUUUUUCCUUGUCCACCAUUUCAGGAAGUGAAAUCGAGGACGGGGAAACCACGGGAAGUGACGAGUUAGAAGGCUAGCCAUAUUGUAAUUGGAUAUAAAUUUUAGAUAUGAAUCAUGAUCUUGUAUUUGGAGAUUUUAUUGGAGAUUUAUGAUAUCAGAGAGAUUUUAUAAUUUGAUCUUCAGAUUUUGAUGGUAUCAGAGUGUGAAUUUGAUAAGU